UUAUCAUCCGCCAUGUUUGAAAGAGCAAUCAAAAUGAACAGCUGAUGGUUUCGUAAUGAAUGCGCAAAAAUAUUCAUGCGCAUAUUAUUGAUCUGAGCCUGCGAUCUUGUGUACAACAAUUUUUAGAAAAUUUUCGAUUUUUACCAAAAAAUGUCAAGUUUUUCUCAUUGAUUUUCUCACUUAGGUUAACGAGAAUGAGUUCGAGGAAAGGAGACUGUAAAAAGAAGCCUCAGAAGUACCAGAACGCGAUAGCAUUUAAGAAUGACUUGCACGAUACGAGUAAAACGACGAAGUUGAUCAACAGUACUCCAGUAGUGGGAGUCUGUACACGAUGCAGAGAUGCUAUCGAAUGGAGAAAAAAGUUCAAAAAAUAUAAACCUCUUAAAGCUCCAAAGAAAUGUGUAAAAUGUGAACAGAAAACAAUAAAACAAGCUUAUCAUAUAUAUUGUACUAAAUGUGCCCAACAAGGAGGAUUUUGUGAAAAAUGUGGAGAAGUCAAAGAAAUCCUAGCACAACCUGAGCCAUCACAGCAAGAAAGGGCAGCUCAAGAUAGCCAAUUACAGCAAGAAUUAAAGAUGCUUACUGAAAGACAAAGAAGAACAUUUUUCCGGCACAUAGAAAAAGGGGAACCCCAAGAUUUAACAGCCAUUGGUGGAAGUCUUGGCUCAUAUGAAGACGAAUAUGACAGUGAGGAUGAACAUGAUUGUCUUGACGACCUAACAGACCUUGGACAAGCAGGAUUGAAAGAGAAUGUUGAUUCUUGACAUAAGAAAAUUACACUAUAAAAUGGUUCUCCUUUAAGGCCGGUUUAGAAGGUCAAUUUUUGCCUACAACUAUUGUAUACAACACUCUCGCAUGUGUCGUAGGUGAGUUGUAGGCUUGAUUUACACGCUACGACUCGAGUUGUAGGAUAGCGCGAUAAUCGUACCGUCUAAACCGGCCUUUAGUGUUUUACAUACUUAAAUACUUUACUAAGUAUUCCCCACAGUGCUUUACUAUACUAAUUUACAAUAUUAUUCUAUUAAAGAUACAAAGCUAAUUUUUAACUUCAAUAAAAUGCACUACUAAAUAACUAAGUCCUAAGUUUAUCACUGUUAUAUCAGCUUCAUUUUUAAUCAAAAAUGAAAUAAAAAUGACCCAUUUUCACACUUUUUGCAAAACUAUGAAUAUUAUUUAUGACAAUUGAAAAAUGAGUCAUUUUGGGGCAUUUUCGGCCAUAAAGCAUGGACUAUAGCCCAUGGUUUUG